AUGGCCCAGGCCAAGAUCAGCGCCAAAGCCAGCGAGGGGGCGCAGCAGCAGCAGACCGGCGGGCAGCUCCGAGGCCGCUUCUACCGCUCCACCUCCAUGGCGGACCGCUCGAGCCGCCUGCUCGAGAACCUGGACCAGCUGGAGCUCAGGGUAGAGGCUUUCCGUGACGCAGCAUCUGCUAUGGAACAAGAGAAAGAAAUCCUGCUAGAAAUGAUCCACAAUAUCCAGAACAGCCAGGAUAUGAGGCACAUCAGCGAAGGUGAGAGAGAAGAACUUAAUUUGACGGCUAAUCGUCUGAUGGGCCGAACCCUCACCGUGGAGGUUUCUGUAGAAACCAUCCGAAACGCCCAGCAGCAGGAAUCCCUACUGCAUGCCACGAAGAUGAUCGAUGAAAUUGUCAAUAAACUUCUAGAUGAUUUGGAAGAUGCCAAAAUCCGCUUAAUGUCGCUUUACGGUGCGUGCACAUCUGACGUGCCAGCAGGACCCAUCGAUCAGAAAUUUCAGUCUGUGGUAAUUGGAUGUGCCAUUGAGGAUCAGAAGAAAAUCAAAAGGCGGCUAGAGACUCUGCUCAGAAACUUAGAAAAUUCUGAAAAGUCCAUCACGUUGUUGGAGCAUCAGAAAUCAUCUGUUCGACAGUCUUGCAACAGCAAACAGGAUUAAACUAUCCUCCUGGCUACUUCUGGCAAAUUGCAGGAUAAGCAAAUCUCCAUAAAAAGCACACAGAAGCUAAGAAAAUUCUCUGUAUGAGCACGCGCGUAUAUACGCAUGCACACACACCAAAGCAUCUUUGAUUGCGAGGUGCGGGCAUUUAAUGGGUUUUGGUAGCAUUGGCAUUUUCUUUCAGCAAUAAAGAAUGCUAUCAGGAGUUCUCCUGUAGAGUCGAUACCACUCUGUUGCAAAUUGUAAUUGUGCUUCUGCUGAACUGUCAGAAAGCGUCAAAAUCUAGCCUUUCCUCCAUUCUCCUGGGUUUUUUUUUAAACUAAAGUUGACUUGUCAUAUAGUGAGAUUUCAGCUUUCCUCUGCUGUAUACAUAGUGCGCAAACUAGACUUUUGGGGAAAAAAAGAGAAAUCAUGGCAAUAAAUCAAAAACAUUAAUAAACUGUAUAUUGUAUUUUCAUAAACAACACACUGUCCUAC